AAUGUGGUGUUUUGUUAAAGAAUGUUGUUGUUCAUUUGAAAUUAAAUGAUUCAUAAAGCAGAAUGCUUAAUGCAGUAAAUAAUCACACAUUAAACUGUUAAAAAACAAACAUGAUAAACAGAUAAAUUGUGUAAUUUUGUACAUUCUAAAUUAUAUUAAUUUUAUCUCCUUGGGCAAUGGGUAAAAUCUUACUAGAAAUAUGGUAGUGUACUUUUAAUGGGUUCCCAACUGUAAAGACCAAUAUCAUGCAAAUAGAUUGAGUUACCAUAUAGCAUGUCUAUUUUUAGCGAGUGGUCACCAUGCUAGUCCUUAUUUGGGAGACUACAUUUGGACUUCACAGCAGUGCUUCAAAGGGUCGCUUCAAAUCUCUCAACAACCACUACUGUUGUGCUGAUUAACCAAAACAACAGCCCAAGGAAAUCGAUAUUUGAAAAAAUGAAAACGUAUGUGAGAAAUAUUCAAUGAACACAAAGAUGAACAUAAUGUGACGAAGGGCAGUGAUCACCAUAAAGCUAAAGAAGAUGCUGGGAAGUUCAGAGUCCUUUUGGUCCAGUGACACAAAUGCAGACCCAUCUGGUUCAAACAUCCCUCUGGUCAGAACUGACAGAAACUAUACUUUUGUUGCAAAGACACCAUAUAGAGUUUCAUUUACUGGUGACAUUCCUUAUUUUCACCGCAUAGAUAAUCACAAUGCAGAAAAAUUGUAUGAAUAUGAAAAAAAAGCAUCUGAACUAACUUUACCAGUUACAUAUAAUUUGAAGAAAUUAUUCCGGCGAACUUUUCCUUUCCUUAAAUGGUUUCCCAGGUAUAAAGUAAAGACAUGGAUUAUCGGAGACCUGCUGUCUGGAAUUAGUGUGGGUCUACUCACGAUUCCCCUGUCCCUUGCUUUUGCUGUUUGUGCUGGAGAGCCAGCUGUUAAUGGUGUCUAUACAAGUUUAGUUACCACUAUCUUAUAUUGCCUCCUUGGCACAACUCAACAUCUGUCUUAUGGGAUGUCUGCAGUCACUGCUCUUCUCAUUGCCAAGAGCACAAGCCAUAUUGAAGCUCAAGAACCUGCCUCUGACAGUGACUGUUCUCCAAAAUGUUCAAGAGAACUGCAUGUGGCUACUCUCACUUGUGUUUCUGGAAUUAUUUUAAUUUUUAUGGGAGUUUUUUGUGUCAGUUUCCUAAGAACUUGCAUCUCCAAGCCUGUUAUGCUUGGCUUCAGAGCUGGAUUAGCCUUGCACUUAUUAAUCAUUUUCCUGAGGAUAUUGCUUGGUAUUGAUGGGACAGUUCAUCAUGGUCCUUUAUCUCUCUUUUAUUCUUCCAAAGACAUAAUUGUAAAUACUAAUAAGAUAAACAUUUUUUCAGUAAUUAUGGGUUUAACAACAUUAGCAUUUCUGGCACCUUUUAAAGUAAUAAAUUGUACAUAUAGUAGGCAUCUUAUACCUGUAGAGUUUAUUGCAAUAGCUGUUUCCAUGUGUUUGUCAUUCUGGUUGGAACUAGAGGAGAGAUACAAUAUCAGCCUCAUAAAUAAUUAUCCAUUCACUUUGCCAAAACCCAUUCUUCCUUCUUUCUCGUUAAUAGCUAGCGUUGCUGCAGAUGCUGUUGCUAUGGCACUUGUGACAUUUGCAGUUAACAUUUCGAUGGGGAGUGAAAACUCCAAAAAACACAACCAAAGUUAUCGUUCGCACCAGGAGACUAUUGUUUUAGGAGUCUGUGAUCUGUUGCUGUCAUUUCUGGGUACCUUUGCUGCAUCUGGGGUUUGGGAACAAUCUAUGGUACAGGAAAAAACCUGGGGUCAAACGCAAGCUGCAGGGUUGAUUGCAGCUGGCCUUAGUCUAAUAGCUCUGCUUUGUGCAAAAUCUUUACUUCCGUUGGUGCCAAAAGCAGUUCUCGGUGCUAUUGCAAUUGUGAAUCUGGGAUGGUACUUCAAGUUCUUCUGGAAAUACUGUUUUGUAUGUAAGAAGAGAAAAUAUGAGUUUUUGGUUGCAAUCAUAACGUUUUUGGCUGUAUGUAUCUUAGACAUAGAUAUUGGUUUAGGUGUGGGCAUAAUUUUCUCUAUUUUGCUCACUCUACACAGACUUCAAAGGCCUUCUAUUGCCAUUUUAGGUCAUAUUCCCAAUACCGAAAACUAUAUAGACAUGUCUUUGGAGAAAACUGCCAAAGAAAUAGUUGGGAUUAAAAUUAUAAAAAUAUUUCAUUCUAUAUAUUAUGGGAAUGUUGAUUAUUUAUUGUCCAGGAUGAAAGUUAAAGUAAAUUGUUACCCUCGUAAAAAUUCAGGAAGUGAUAAUAAAUUAUACAGUGAGGAGGAUAAAUAUCAUAUGUUAAUGGAAUCUUCACAGUUUCUUGCAUUGGGUGAAAAUGCUCUGAGGCGAAUGAAUAAUACUGUACUGUAUAGGCGUAAAAUAUCCAAACAAACUGCAGUCAUUCACACUGUUAUUUUGGAUUGUGGGUCUGUCAGCUUUGUAGACGAUGAAGGGGCUAAUGCUUUAAUUAAUCUAUUUAAGAAAUAUCAAGGUGUUGGCAUCAGCUUUAUUCUUGCUGGUUGUUCAAGUGGAGUUUUAAAAACUAUACAACAAAUGGGUUAUUUCAAAGCAACAAGCCAAAGCUGCACUUUCAGCAGUAUCCAUGAUGCUGUACUGUUUUCCCUACAACAAGCAGCUGAGAGAAACCAGAGUGCACAAGGAUCCAAAUGUAUUCUUGAGACAGAUGGUGAAAUGCUAACCCAAUGUGAGGAUAUCGAAAUUAAGACGGAUGCAAGUAACAGUACAAAUGAAGCCUUUGGCCCUGAGGAGAGAGACGAGAAUAUUUCCGAUCAAAGGACCGAUAUUAAAUCGGCAAUGCCAAGGGUCAUUGAAUAUGAAUCAGCUUUGUAAAAAAUAUUCUGAUUAUUCUCCACCCAAUCAGAGAAAUUAUGAUUAACACAUGAUACCAUACUUCUGCUCUGGCAUUUUGUUGGCUUUAAUUUCUUCAUAAUAAAGCUGGAAUUUCUAAUGGACACAAUCUAAAUAUUAAUAAUUGCCUUUUCUAACAAAUGGUAUUUGUAAUCGUGAUUUAGAAUAGUACUUUUCAUUGUUGGCAUCCAAGGGUAGAAGCCAUAUCACUGUAAGAAGAUUUUUUUUAAAUGAAGAAACUAACUCAUCAAUUAUAUUCUUCAGUAUCAAUGAUAUAUCUUCAGUAUCAAUAGUUGCAUUGAGGUUUAUGUAUUUUGGUGAUUACAAAUACUAGCUGGUGUUAUUAACUUCCAGAAGACAAAGUGCUGGAGUAACUCACCGGGUCAGGCAACAUAUCUGGAGAACAUAGAUGGGUGGAGUUUUAGUUCAGGACCCUUCUUCAGACUGAUCUAAAGUAGUAUUUUUAAUUAUUAACUUCCAAAGGUAGAAUUGACAUAAGAUUAAAAAGGCAUGAAGGGUCCUGACCCCAAAUGUACCUAUCCAUGCUCUCCAGAGAUGCUGCCUGACCGCUGAGUUACUCCACCACUUUGUGUCCUUUAUAUAAACCAGCAUCUGCAGUUCCUUGUUUCUACCUGUUAACUUCCAGGAUAUAUUUAAUACUCAUUUGGUGCCUCAAAAGUAGAGAAACCAUUUUUAGGAAUCAACAUUCACAAUAUGAAGUGAAUUUCACAUUUCCUUCUUUCAAGUGUGUGGACUGAUUGCCCUUUCUGACCUUCAUUAAUUCAGCAAUUAAGGAAGCUGUGUGUUUGGACCCACAUUUCAAAACUUUGUGGCACACUGCAUUGGAACAGCUGUUUAAGCACAUGCAGAUUUUCUUGCCAUAAUGCUAUCUUGAAAAAUAACACAGCAUGGCAUAUUCAUGCAAUACUUAAUUAUUUUGAAAAUGUAUUUAUGCUUAUUUUCAAUGUUCCUGCUAUAUGUGGACUUAUUUACAACUAACACUACAAACAUGUUCUAUCCCCUAUUCAGGGAACAAAUGGGCUUUAAUAUGUUUUUAUUUUAUUUUGCAACUUUACUCGUAUACUUCUAUAAUUUUACCUGUAACCUUAACUUCUGUUAAUUGUUUAUUUUAUUUGCAUCAAUUUAAGUAAUGUUGUUUACUUACGGAGUUGCGUGCAGAUUUUGAUUUAUGAAAACACAAUCACAGUCAAAUAGAAUAAAUUUGUGUUGGGUUGUAUAUAAUUUAUGUUUUUAGCAUUUGUGAUUCAUUAAAACUAUGGUUGAAAA